CAUGCGGCGUACUCCAGGAGCAAUGAAUAAUUUGGUGUGAAAAUCAUUACCCUAUUUUGUAGUAUCAUAUAUACCUAGGAAGAUCGCACUAUGAUAAUGCAUAGUUAAUAGAAUUUUCAUAUCAUGGAAAAGAAUAUUCAAGAGAAAGACUAACGAUUCCCUCCAGAGUGUCAGUAUCCUUUAGGCAUAGGAAACCUCAAGCAAGCAAAUUCGAGUCCUGCAUCGAUCCAACUUAGUAACGAAACAUGCCUUUAAAUUCAUUUCUUCGCGUAUCUCCAAAUGGGUUUUCUGAUUGUUUCCCGAUUGAUCACAUCAAUCAUGGUUUCCGCUCUAGUAAUCAAGAUCAAAUAUGGAGAUUCACUUAGGUGCUUCCAUUCUUAUGUUGAUGAGAAUGGACUUCUUGAUAUUGAUUUGGAUGGACUAAAAGCGAGAAUUCUCUAUCUCUUCAAUCUCAGCCCAGACGCCAAUCUUGUCCUUACGUAUAUUGAUGAAGAUACCGACAAUGUGGCACUUGUUGAUGAAGAAGAUUUUUACUAUGCCAUUGAACAAUGCUUGAAUCCCAUGAUGAUAACUGCACGUUUAGACUAUCACAAGAGAAUGAGAGCUAGGGAAGAAACAGGCAGAAGUUCAAGACACUCAUUGUCUAGUGUCUAUACCUGUUUUGAGGAGUUCUUAAAAUAUGUUCCUAAGCCAUUGCAGGGUAGAACUUCAGAGCCAUUCGACAAUCUGAUGAAUGGUGAUGCAUCCUCUAAUCUAGAGUUCAGUCACAUAGUGGAAUGUUUAGCAAAGCUUAAAUCAGGGUGUCAAACUAUUGGAGCUUCCGAAAUAGAUCAAAAAGCGUCCGAGUUUUUAGAAACUUCAAAAGAUACAUUUUCUACGCCAAAGAAGUCUCUAGGUGAUGAAUCUAUUGCUCCAAUCCAAAAGAGCUAUCAAAAAGAGUUGAAUAAGGGAAAUAUCGACAGAAAUGCAAGUACUCUUCGUUUGGACCCUGCUUCAAUCCAUGGAGCUGUCAAGGGUUUUCCUAAGCAUGACCCAAUACAACAGUCACCAGAUCAGUUUCAGAAAUUUUGCACAAAUCCGUCAUCUGCUGAUGUUUUACGAGAUAGUUUAAUAAGACCGUGUGUGACGGGCCUUGGAAGUCUUCUCAUUCAAGACAUCAGCAUAAAGGAUGGCGAUAAAAUGAAGCCAAGUGUUUUAAGAAGUCUAAAUGGAAUGUCAAAAGAUCAAUUGGAAGCGAGGAAGAUGAUUAAGACAAGUGUUUUAAGAAGUUUACACGGACAAGGAAUGGGACGAAGAGAGAUGGCUUCAACUUGAACAAACUCCGGGGGGCGUCUGCUUCGGAUCUGGGGAUGCACGAAAAGGGAUCAUCUGACAUAGAAUGGAUUGUACACAAUUAUGUAAAGCGGCGGAACCACAUGAAGGCACAGCAAAGGGCCAAGUGCCGGGUCUAGUGUUCUUGGAAUCAUGUAAUUGUCUGCAGGACAAGGAAAAAGCAGCACAUUUGGCCAUGCAGGGAGUCAAAAUGUUCUUAGAAAAUACUUCAACAUUUUUGCAGAAUGGAUACAUGCAUACUUUAGGCUAUGAUUUGAGAAUUGUUUUUUAAGUUUUUGCUAUCAGUGAACUCUUGGUAAUUAACUUUCUAGGUAAAGUAGUUACAAUGUUCACACUCAAGUGAUAUGGUAUUUCCACUCUCUCUUUUUUUCUAAA